AUGGAGCAGGGCGGUGAGAGCGGCUGCUGGUUCCUGUACUACGCGUACGGCAGUAACCUGCUGCGGGAGCGGCUGCUGCUGCGCAACCCCUCGGCCGCGCUCUGCGCCCUGGCGCGCCUGCAGGAUUUUAAGCUCGAGUUUGGCCAUCAUCAAGGCAGGACAAGUUCUGUGUGGCAUGGAGGUACAGCUACCAUUGCUCAAAGCCCUGGAGAUGAAGUGUGGGGAAUAGUGUGGAAAAUGAGCGCUUGCAAUUUAAGUUCGCUGGAUAAGCAAGAGGGAGUUGAGGAUGGCAUUUAUGUCCCAAUAGAAGUUAAUGUCCACACUCAAGCAGGAAAGGCACUGACCUGUCGAAGCUACCAGAUGAAGGACUAUGUCUCUGCUCCCCCUUCUCCACAGUAUAAAAAGGUUAUCUGCAUGGGUGCAAAACAGAAUGGCUUGCCAACUGAUUAUCAGGAGAAAUUGGAAGCUAUUGAAACUAAUAACUAUGCAGGACCGGUGCCGAUCAUGGAAGAGAUUGAAGCUGCUAUUAAAGCAGAGAAAAUAAAUUCUGCAUAGAAUACCUCUGCAUUUGCUUGGCCAUUCACCUUGAUUUAGACACCUCUCCUCACUGUGCUGAUCAGCAGUUUCUUUAUUUAUCAAGAAAAGAUGAGUUUGCUAUGCAUCUACAGUAAACCAUUAGACAUAACUUGCAGUCUGAAGACACACUGACACUGGUAACUUCUUUUUGUAUGUAUAGCUUGAAUACAUGCUGAAGUACAUGCUGGAAGUACAUUGCAGAUUUAAAAAUUAUCUUUCUGUAGCUGUCAUGCAGUGCUGCAUGCA